AUGAACAAAGCGGGUGGUAGUGGUUCUAAAUUUAAUCAUGAAGAUCAAAUUGAUCAACACCGCCGAGAACAACAUCGAAAACACCAACUGAAAUAUCGUCGAUCACGACGUGAACGUUGUAAGCCAAUUACAAAUGUCGUUUAUAUCUCAAGGAAUAUUGAUAAUAUCACGUCCGACUCAGAAGUUGAAGAUAUUGAAAAUGAACAUAAAAUAUAUGAUAACAACGACUCUACGGACAACAUAAAUAUUUCAAGUGAAGAAGUAGAUAGAUAUUUAUCUACACAUGUUAUUCGAUCAUAUGAUGCUCAUAAUAUGGAUGAACUUCAAUUAAGUGAUGAUGAACAGUGUUUUUCUAAUGUUACUCGUGGAAAUAGUGAUUCUGAGGAGGAAAUUGAUAACAAUGCUUUAUCAAUAGCGAAUUUUAUCCGGAAAUCUAACCUUAAUCAUUCUGAUACAACGCACCUUCUUCAACUCCUUCGAACCAUUCGUUUUGAUGAAGAAAUUCCAAGAACAGAAAAUGAUUUAUGGAACAAAUUAGGUGUUGAAUUUAAUUUUCAGUCUUUCGUCUUUUGCACUUCCUGUUCAGCCAAAUUGGUAAAGUUUUCAGACCGGUGUAAUUGUACUGCAUCAUUUAAACAAAUUAAUUCUGAACUUAUUGUAUUUUCUGUAUCAUCUGCAUUGAAAAAUAUUAUUAAACAAAAUAUUGAUUUAAUAGACUGGUAUCGACAAGAAGAUCAUCAAAUUGUACCUGAUAUUGUUAAAGAUGUCUUACCUUUGUUUAAGAUUCUCGGUAGUAUAGUUGAAAUACCCCUACCUGUUCGUGAAUUUCAAGAUAAUAUUAUGCUAUUUGCCUUAUGGCAUUCACCGAGUGCACCUAAUGCUAAUGUUUUUAUUACUGAUGUUAUUAAUCAAAUCGUUCAACUUCAAAAAAAUGGUUUGUCUAUUGAUUUAGCAGCUAAAGGUAUUCAUAAGUUUGAAAUUGAUGUUCAAUUAUUGGUUGGUGAUUUGCCAGCCAGGGCAAAAGUUACUCGUCUUAAUGGACACUCUGGAUAUUUUGCUUGUAGUAAUUGUUUAUAUGAAGGUGUACCAUGUCCAUAUCAUAGACAUAUAUUAUAUACUUGGUCUGAUUUUUGUGCAGCUAAACCUAGUGUUCGUACACAAGAACACAUUGACUGGGGUGCAAUGCGAGGAGAAGGUUCAGGCAAAAAAGUAUAUGGUGUUCAUGAAGCAUCACCAUUAUCACGUAUUAUGUCGAUACCUAUUCAAUGUGUAUAUGAUUAUUUUCAUCUAAUUUUUGAAAUACAUUUGACUAUGCUUGUCAAGGAAUGGAAAUUACGAUUGACACAAGUUAAUAUAAAUUAUAUUAAUAAACUACUUAAUGAUGUUUCUUAUCCUCAUUCUUUCAACCGAAAACCGAAAAAUUUUAAUUUGUUUAAUCAAUGGAAAGCAAGCGAACUACGAACAUUCUUUCUUUAUCUCGCUUUACCAAUAAUUAUUCGUGCUCAAUCAGCUUUAUCUGAUAAAAUAAUUUACCAUUUUUCUCUUUUAUUCAUUUAUGUCAGAAUAUUACGUUAUUUUGAAGAUCGUUAUCAAAUACAUGAUGUGAAGAUAUUUAUCGAAAAAUAUUUGCAAAUGUUUUCAACCAUAUAUGGUCGGUGUCAUGAAUUGUUAUCAACUCAUGUACUACUUCAUCUUACUGAACAAUGUACUCGUCAUGGUGGUUUAAGUUAUCACAGUAUGUUUACAUUUGAAAGUCAAUUACACUAUUUAAGAAAAAUGGCACAUGGAACAACUUCACUUGCUCAACAAAUUGCGUUCUGGUAUACCAUUGAUAGAAAACUUAAUACAAGAAAAAAAUAUUCUGUUGAUUUAUUAACAAAGCAAGAGCUUCGACGUGAUAUUUUCUUUGAUAACAGCAUUCGUAUUUUAUAUCAACAAGCAUUUCAAAAUGCAUGUCAUUUAUUCUUCGGUUUACACAUCGAUCAUGUAAUAGAAUAUAUUUCUCGUUUUGAAUCAGGUCUUAAAAUGUAUCAUUCACUUGCUUAUCUUCGUAAAAGAAGCACAGCUAGUUAUCGGAUUUGUGUUCCCAAUCCACGGUGCCCAAAAACAAUUUGCUUUGAACAAUAUCGCUGUUCACUUCGUACUUUUUCGUCUUUUAUAUCAUAUGAAAACUGUUUAGAAUCAUGGUCAGAUUAUAUCAAUCGUUUUUAUCAUAUUAUUGAAAGUUCAUUCUUCCAUUUUGUUAUCUUAUCCUGUACUUCAAUUGUUAAUAAGUGUUUGUUUAUUCCAUUUAGUGAUACAGAUUUUGUGUGUACUGAAAUUGAACAUGAACCAGAACAUGAUUAA